CAGUUCCUUGCAAGUGAUAAUGUUCCACGAGUAGCAGCGCGUAAAGGCAUAAUUGAAAUAGUAACCAUUUGCCUUCAGUAAUUUCCCACUUCGAUUUGGAUCGAUUCACCAGGUGGGACCAUACUUCAGGAGGCAGUAACCCUACGACAGGAGAAGGUGCUUAAUCUUAUGCUUGACAAGAACGCGAUCAACAAAAUCAUUUCCAACAUUAAGUUCAGAAACACUGGUCAGAAGCUUUUGCAUCUUGCUGCAAAACUAUCACCUUACCCUGAACUUUCAUCUAUAUCUUGCCCUGCUCUACAAAUGCAAAGAGAGUUGCUGUGGUUUCAGGCUGUGGAAGAGUUUGUUCAUCCCUCGGUUAGACUACUUUACGAUAAAAAAAGGCCUAACAGCUCAAGAGCUGUUUACGAGGGAACACACGAAGUUACUCCAAGAUGCAGAGCGAUGGUUGAAGGACACCGCAAACUCCUGCAUGGUUGUAUCCACCCUCAUAGCUACCGUCAUUUUUGCAGCAACUUUCACAGUUCCUGGAGGAAAUGUCGAAGGCAAAGGCAUCCCGCUGUUUCUAAGCGAGCAAGUCUUCAUGUUGUUUGCUGUGUCCGAUGCGCUAGCUCUCUUUUCCUCUACAACUGCCAUCUUAAUGUUCUUGUCUAUCCUUACGGCACGGUAUGCGGAAGAAGAUUUCCUCCGAGCGCUCCCGAAGAGGUUGAUAUUAGGAUUUGCGUCCUUGUUCCUUGCCAUAGCAACCAUGCUGGUGGUAUUCGGAGCAGCACUGUAUAUGGUCCUAAGUGAGAGGUUCAAGUGGAUUUUCUUACCGAUCAUAGCAAUCACUUCCGUCCCCGUUGCUCUCUUUGUUAUGUUGCAACUUCCACUGUUCAUCUUCAUGGUGAAGUCAACAUAUGGUUCCGGCAUUUUUCACCCAAAGAAAAUUUGGUAAUCAAUUGAAGGAUAUAUCCGGGUGUUUUGCACUAUGUAAGCAAUAUGAUUGUGUGUGUGUGUCUUUAUUUCAUGGAUUGGUCUGGAGAAUUGUCAUUAUAUUACUGUAAGAAGUUGAUUGUAUGAAUUGGAUUUGUUGAGUGAAUCUGGACUAUGUAAGCCAUAUGUGUAUCCAAUAUAA